GUGACCUCCCGCUGCAUGGACUGCGCCGAGUACCUGUGCGACCACUGCGUGAGGGCGCACCAGCGGGUCCGCCUGACCAAGGAGCAUGUCAUCCACCGCUUCAGGCAGCAACACUACAACCAGCAGCCCUUCCCCGGCCUGACGCUGCCCCACGAGCGGGUCAGCUACUGCCAGCAGCACGAGAACGAAGUGAUGCGUUUGUACUGUGAUACCUGCGCAGUCCCAAUUUGUCGAGAAUGCACAAUGAGCCGUCAUGUUGGGCACAGUUUUGUCUACCUCCAGGAUGCCGUACAGGACUCCAAAGAAAUUACCCUUCAGUUGCUAGCAGACGCUCAGCAAGGUCGACAGGCUAUUCAGCUCAGUAUAGAAAAAGUCAGGGCCAUGGUGGAACAAGUCGAGAUGAAAGCUCAAGUGAUUCGAUCCGAAGUCAAGGCAGUAACCUCGCGACAUAAGAAGGCUCUCGAGGAACGCGAGUGUGACUUACUAAGAAAGGUGGAGAAGAUCCGGCAGAUGAAGGCCAAGACGCUACACCUCCAGGUGGAAGCGCUGCGUGAGAAUUUAACAAAGCUGGAGAACACUAUAGACUGUGUUCAGAAAGCACUGUUGGAUGGGCGGGAUGUGGAUGUCCUGCUAGCAAAGGAACAAAUGUUUGUCCAAAUCCAGGACUUGAAAAAGCUGAGAAAUCUCCUUCAGCCCCAUGACGAUGACACGCUUUCCUUCGUUCCGCCCGAUGGUGUGCUCUGUAAAGCCAUAAAGUCGCUAGGGAUCAUCUGCAGCAGUGCAUACGCGCCAGUCUCAACAGCUGCUGGUGAGGGGUUGAAACGGGCAUUGCGUGGGAAAAUGAGCAGCUUCACUGUGUUGACCAAAGAUCACACUGGUGAAGGACGGUCAUCUGGUGGCGAUUUGGUUGUAGUAGUUGUCAUGGGACCUGAUGGCUGCCUCUUUCGCGCUGAUGUAUUAGAUCACCAUGAUGGCACCUACACAGUCAGCUAUUCGCCACACCUCGAAGGCGAGCACAUCAUCUCAGUCACCAUUCGUGGCCAGCACAUUGAGAACAGCCCCUUUCGAGUCAUGGUCAAAGCAGGUCGCAGCUACGCUGGUAUUGGGCUUCCCAUUUGUUCGUUUGGUGGGGAAGGGGAUGAAGAUGGACAGCUCUGCAGACCUUGGGGCGUUUGCGUCAACAAAGAUGGCUACAUCAUCAUUGCCGAUCGAAGCAACAACCGCAUCCAAGUGUUCACGCCAAGUGGGACCUUCCACCACAAGUUUGGGUCAGCGGGCGCCCGUUCCGGCCAGUUUGACCGCCCUGCUGGAGUCGCCUGCGAUCAGAGUUGUCGAAUUGUCGUGGCUGACAAGGACAACCAUCGUAUUCAGGUUUUCACCUUUGAGGGACAGUUUAUUCUAAAGUUUGGGGAAAAAGGAAGCAAGAAUGGGCAAUUCAAUUAUCCCUGGGAUGUUGCAGUCAAUUCUGAAGGAAGAAUCCUUGUGUCCGACACACGUAAUCACCGAGUUCAGCUGUUCGGUCCAGAUGGAAACUUCGUAAGUAAAUAUGGCUUUGAGGGAGCAUUGUGGAAGCACUUCGAUUCUCCCCGUGGGGUGGCUUUUAAUCAUGAAGGACACCUUGUGGUCACCGAUUUCAACAACCACCGGUUGCUUGUGAUCCAUCCUGACUUCCAGUCGGCACGUUUCCUUGGCUCCGAAGGCACAAGCAACGGGCAGUUCCUCCGACCUCAGGGUGUGGCCAUUGACCAAGAAGGGCGUAUCAUCGUGGCUGACUCCAGGAACCACCGCAUCCAAAUAUUCGAACCAAACGGUAACUUCCUGUGCAAGUUUGGGACCCAAGGCAGCGGCUUUGGCCAGAUGGAUCGUCCGUCCGGAAUUGCUCUCAUGCCAGAUGGACUGAUAGUAGUUGUCGACUUUGGCAACAAUCGUAUCCUCUUGUUUUAAAAAAAGAUGCUGUGUGCUUGUAUUUCUAUAUUGUGGAUUUGUUGCUCAGGGACAAUGUCUUAAUUGUUUUCCCUAGAGAAGACAGGUUUUUGUUUUCUGUGCUGCAGUCAUCUACCUCAUUUCGGUAAAGUGUGAACUGUGUGACUACUUCAAAACUACAUAAAUUUAUAGCAGACCUACCUCACUGCCUGCAGAUGUUGGGCUGACUAAUAUUUGGAGAUUUCCAUGGAACUGUGCAAAUGUAUCCAGGCAAUUGGUGCCUUUAUCACCUGAAUCCAAAGACUUGUUUCUUAGUAUUAAAAAUUGUCCUGUAGCUUUAUUUAAAAAACACUCAGGUAGGAUGAUGAUUGUGGGCCACUUCUAUAGCCUAAAAUGGCCAUUUGUGGGUGACUGGUCAAGGCUUUGGCUGCCUACCUGCAUACAUUUUGUUUUCAGGGAUUAUUUGAUGUUGAAUAUCUUGUAUGUUUAGCCCUACACUCUUUCUGAAUGUAGCCCUACACUCCAUCUGAAUGUAAACAAAAUACCUCUUCCUUUUUUAUAUAUAAAUAUAUAUAGGGUGUAAUGUUCUUUGGCCUGAUGCACAUAAUGGUGAACAUAGAAGUUGUUGAGGGUUCUUCUGAGUGUUUAUUGGGGUUUGUGUAAAGGAAGACUUAUAUUGUCAGUUGAUAACCCUGAAGAUUGCAAAAAGUAUAUUGAGGCAUCUGGGAUAAUCAAAUAUAUUACCUCAAGUUAACUGCUAUCUCAGGUACCUGCUGGACCUGCAUAAAAUCAAUUUCCUACUAUGUUGGUAGGCUGAAUUUGGUCUUGGAGGCAGUAUUACUUUAUGAAGUGUGAAUAGUUUGAUUUUUUUUGUUAAAAUGACUAUCGCUUUUCCUUGGGUCUCAUUUAAGCCGCAAGGAAGAAUUCAGGAUAGGCGGAAGUCCACUGAUCAGUGCUUGCUGUGCUACUGCCUCAUAGUUGUACAGUUGGCAUAUGCUUACAGGAAGUGAGCACCAGACUUAUCUAGCCCCUCUUUAAGUAAGAAACCUCUUCCAUUCUCUUCCUCUUCCAGAAGAGCUCAAUUGAUGGAUUGUGGAUUUGCGUGUGAGGGGUUAACAUUUCUGUUGUAUUUUAGGCAGAGCUGGUCUGUCCUUAACUGAUGGAGUGGGAAGUAUUUUGGCAUAGAAUGUUUUUUUCACAUGCCCAAUCCUGCAUCUCGAACAGGUCAGCUCUUCACGUUUCUGCAUUAUUUGCCUCCUGUACGCUGCACCUAAUAGUGGCAAUGCUUGUGGAAUGGCGAUGGUUGCAGAUAGGGGUGCCCAUGAGUAUUCCAAUGAAUUCAGGAGAAAAAUUCUGAAUGUACACGGUAUAGCUUUGUGAGUAGAAACUUGGGUAGAAUCUAUACUUUCCAGCUCUACAUCUUUCACUAGGNUUUUUUUGUUCACCCUUCGUCCAAAAAUUACCAAUUAGGUGACUAUUAAGGCCAUUUUAAACAAAUAUGCAAAAAUCACAGCCUUCUCCUAAAUGCAGAUUUUUAGAACUAAAUUAAACUAUCACAGUAUUUUUGACGAGUGAAAAACGGCAGCAUAAAAAUCAUUUACAGAAAUUACACUGAAUAUUUAUGUGAAACUGAAAUGGUGAAAACAUUCUUUAAUCCUUUUCAACUCCAAUAGCCAAUUCUCACCUUAUGUACUAAAAGACUCCUUGGGUGGAGUGGGUGGGUGGAGAGAAAGGUGCCUGACAUCCCAUUCCAGUUUUACUUAAUUUCAAAGUAUUCACUCACCACUGUUUAAAAAUUUGUGUCCAGCCGCACUGUAUAAAAUAACAUUUCAUCCUUGUUAUAAUUAGCAAGCACUUGCAUUGCAGUAAGGAAGUAGGCUUUAAAUGUGAUUUUUAAAAAAAUUUAAAAAAUAAAGCCCAAAGCUGUUGCAAAUUAGGUCUAUGAAUAACCGAUCGAAAGGGUGUGACAAAUCGACUCAGGAGGCCCAUUUUGGGUGCAUUUGCUGAAUGUCAACCCAUUGGAGUAACCUCCUGAAUUGGUUGAAUUUUUCUGAGAAAGUAUCAGUGUUGCUAAGCAGCCUGACUCUGAAAUGAGCUUACCGGGCAUUAUAACCUCUGCACAGGGUUGAAACCAUCAACUAUGAAUGCUCCAAGUACUAACAUUGCUCAAACUUCCUCCGAUUUGUUUGUUUUUACCAGUUGCUUGGUUGUAAAAUCUCAAUUUGGUGGUGAUGAUGGGGGGUGUGGGGGACCCAAGCGUAAUGAGGAAUAUCUUGGAGAAUUUGAGAUUAAGGACCUGAUCACGAAGCAGAGCAGCAGAUAACUUGGUGAUUGUUGGAGGCGUCUGCAGAAGACGGGGCAGAAAAGAAUUGGAAGAAGCUAAUGUCUAAAUUUCUUGCUGCUUUUUAAAAAAAAAAAAAAAUUUUAAUGUGAUGAUGAGAUUGGAAAAUCUCUCUUUUUAACAUUGACUAGUCUUUAUUUCAAGGCUUGGCAUCCUGUCUGACUGGUGGGUGGGUUGUCUAAUGGGUCUGCAAAGCUUUCUUGAUGGAAGCUCGUUAAUGUACUGCUUUGGGUUGCUCACAACCGUUUGUUCUGACUUGGUUAGAUUGUUGUAGUAUAGAAUGGCUUUUGAUUUACACAUUGUGAAUUGAGCAGUGGUUAAUGAUUGCCGAGAUUAAAAUAACCUUACACUAAGGAAUCCCCGUCUUUUUGCCCCACCUUUUUGCAUUGUAAUGUUUCUUUAGAAUAACAGUUUAAAAAAAAUCUUAUGAAGUUUAGUUCCUAUAACUUGAAUGCUGUAUCCUUUUUGACUUUAAAGUUUAUGUGAUUUCAGCUCUGGAUGGGCUGCCUCAAGGGGAUGUUGUCUCUUGAAGCUAUUAUUUUUCUUAACACAACUUUAUAAAACAAGGCAAGCACACACUUUGACUAUCAAGUUAUUUUCUUGGCAGUCCCACUUGGGGUGUGUUUUAAAAAAACACUGAAGUCAAAUGCAGAACAUAGUUUCAACAUUAAGCCUUAUGUUUUUUUACAAAACUAUAUAAUUCUUCAAAAGAAAUGUUUGUUUACAGACCAAAUGGAAGUCCAUUUUGGCAGAGAGAAGGUUAUAAUUAAGUUUCAGAUCAAAAUCCUGUGGAAUGGAUACUUCAAAACAUUGACAAAGGGGUGAGCCCCUGAUUAAAACCAAAGUGUUCAGAGUGGUUUCCUAGAUGCCAGUGGUUAAGAUCUGUUGAUGUGAUUCAUUAUAGCUAGCCAGAACAGUUGCAGUUAAGACCUCUGAUCCAGUAAUGUGCUUUGGAUUGAUUGUGUGGCAAACUUUUCAUAUUGAAUUGCUAAUGUGAAGCACGAUGUGUCCUUCAUCCUCUACAGCAGGGUGGUCCAACUGGCAGCCCAAGGGCCAAUUUAAUCUGGCUCUUCCCCCCCUCAUUUCAUCUGGCCCAUCCGCGCCCUCUAUAACCUGUAAAUCUUAUGCUUCUGGAAGGGAAAUGCAAAAAUGUAGAUGUUUCUCAAUUAGGGCAUCUGGCCCUCAGCAGCCAAGAGGUUGGACCAACCUGCUCUAGAGUGAUCAGUCCGAACAUCCUGUUCAGUGAAAUACUUCAUCUUGUAGCAAGGAGCAUAAUGUAGUGUUUGGAAUGAUGCUUUUGAACCUGUUGGUUUUAAUGAGUUAUAAGUUAUUGAUCUGAAAAGUUGUGGUGGCCUUCUUAAAAUUGAAAGGUGAUUAUGGAACACUUAUUUUCAAGUUCCUUUGUUGAUUGUGUUGUUCAAUUCAAAUGGUUGCCACAACCUGCAUAACUUUUUGUAUUUAAUUUGAGGUAUGAAAUGUAGUUUUGUAAUUGGAACCCCCCCACCCCCACCAUAUUUGUUUAUCUUGAGAAUUCCCAGAAAACCAUUUAAUCCAGCCCCACAUGCAGGUACAAGAUAGUUUUCUAGAAGUGCUUAAUGGAUUAUGUUCGCAAUUCUUAGUUUAAAAUCAGCCAUAGUACCUUACCUCAAAUAAACCUGAACCGAUCGCAGAUCACCUUGCAGAACCCAUGAAGCCAAUAUUUCAGAGACUGGGAUCUAAAUGAUACAUAAAUCUCAGGGAAGUGAUCCCCUGUCUCUGAAGGUAAGGGGAUGCAAGGAGUAGUUCUGGUGCCUUGGCUGGUAAUGACUUUUGUCUACCUCGGUGCUUCUGUCCGCAGCAGCUUAAAACUACCUCAUGUUGGAGCCCAAACUGCUUUUAAGGCCUUUGGGUGAACAGCUUGUACCAGGGCUAAUUGUGCAGGUUUUUUUGUGUUUCAGUAUCUCAAUGCAAUUCAUAAAUCAUCUAGCUAAAGGGCACUAAACAAAGUAGUAUAUUAAUGCUGAUUGGUGUGAUCUGCUCCACCCACCCUUAACUUUCGUUUUUAGUAAUGUAAUCUGAACUACUGUAGAAUAAAACACUUACAUUUAACUUGUAAACUCUUAAUCGUGAUCUCGGAAAUACCUCCCCCUUUCCAUCACGGAGGCUUUCUUAGUUAAAUUCUGUUUAUGAAAGAUUGUCCUGGCCAUUCUGUAUUGAUUCCUCUUGAGUAGUGACUGAUAGAUACCAUUUGAGGGAGAAAUUCCAAGAAUAAUUUUUCUCUUCUCUUCCCCUGCCCCACCAGCAACAUAUUCUGGAAUAUAUUUCAACCUUUCUUUCGUCUCCCCCUUCCACUCUGCAUGUUUGUACCCUUUUGAGUUGUCGCUCUGGUUUGAAUGACCAUUAUUGAGUCUUUCAGUCAGAACUUCACUCGCAUGCAGAUGCACAACAAACUUGCCAAAUUAAUUUCAUCAGAUUAAUUUUUCUCCACUACUGAGUUACAAUGCGUAUUGCCAUUUUGGGGCAAUUGGGUAAGAUGUGGUUGCGUGAUUGGAGUUUCCCUUUAAGGCGUAUUAAGAUUUAUGUAUGGAAUCCUCUCCUUGCCUGUGGAGUUAAAAUUUCAAUUGACCUGUAAAAUGUGCAGAAAAUGGAACUGUUACUUUUAAGCUGUGUUGAGAAUGAGUUGCUUUCAUGUAUCUGGGGGAUGGGAGGAAGUUACACGUGGUAAAGUCAGUUUGGGAUAGUAAAUGAGAACAGUUGGUCCUACAGAUAAUUGAAUUGUCAAUGUGAAGCCCCAUUAAUCCAUCUGGAAAGAGACAUUUGGUGACUGAGGGUAUUUGAAGUUUAUGGUUUUUAAGUUUGCUGGUCUUUUUUGCCCUAGUGAACCCUUUCCUCAGAACAGAAUGAUGCUGAGAAAUGUGGUGACCCGUUUCACACACUGGUUAGACAUUGCUGAAUGUGGACAAAGGAUCUGGCUUUUUCAUUGACAAAAAAUGUAACCCCAAUUGACAGUGAAUCAUCCCCAAAGUGCUGUUUAACAUUUUGUUUGAAUUUGUGAACUGAUUUUAUGAAGUGCUUAAUUUUUUUUAUAUUGUGAAACUGGGUUUCAAACCACUAGUGAAGCAGACUUUAUUCAAAAUUUAUUCUUGAGAAUUUAAGUGUCUGGUCCAAGAUCCAGAAAUUCUGGUUGAGAAGACUUAAUAUAUAGCUAAAAGUCUUUGCUGUUUUCUAAAAGCAGUGAAACUAAGUUCCAGGCUCAGAUUAUUUUACAUGGAGGCAACGAUACAAUAAAACCCAGUUCUAUUGAGUCCUGGAAGAAAUGUUUUUUGCUUACUGCCUCUGCCUGUGUUUUUUCUUUUGCUGAUUUUAACUUUGUAGUCUAACUGUUCUAGAUUAAGGGGUUAGCAUUAACAUGUCUGGUGCAAGUGGUCAAAGGCCCUUUCUUAAACUUAGACAAGUGCCUCAAAACGAUGGAGCCUCUUCCUGUAUUUAAAGAUUCCGACCAGUAUUGUUUAAGUUACUGUUGUGCAACAACCCAGCGUUUAAUGUUUGGCAGUGGUUACCACUGCUAGAGGGGGAGCAAAAAUUGGGGUCAUAGACUACCAGAAAAGUUUGUUUUUAAAAUAAAAAAAAAUCCCCCGGGGGUUUUCUUUACUAUAAGGUGACGGGUAAUGUUUUUUUCAUGUAUAAUUACCUCUGAAUUGUAAGACUCAGCCUCUGCACCAAAGAAUGAGGUUUACUGACCUGGAACACUUCUUACUCCUGUGUGUUUGAAAGCCUAAAUUGAUGUUUGUGCAAUUUUAUCUGGAUGAAAGUUCAAUAAAAUUUGUUUACAAUUAAA